AUGACAACGUUUAUAGUAACAAAUGAUGAAAAAGGAGAUAUUGUGUGCCCUUUACUUAAAACAACGACAACAACAUCUGUUUAUAAUGAUAUCAUUAUUAUUAUUGAAUCAAUUCGAUCAGAUUUAAAUUAUCAUUAUCAAUAUGAUUUAGUUGUCAACAAUAAAGAAAAAGAAAAAUUAAUUGAAAUUUCAUUGAAUCAAUAA